UCGCUCUAUACCAAAAAUCUGUUUAUCUACUCCAAUGUCCUGUUAAAAACCGCCUCUGUUUCAUUCCACUACCUGUCGUUUUUGCUACAACAAAGAAGCCUAUAGACAAAGCAUGAACAGCCCCGACCCUAAGCUCUAUCUAUCUCCUUCUAUAUCUAGACACAUAGACAAUGCUUUUGAACUAAAAAUCCAAACUUUCGCCUAUUUAAGGAUAUUCAUCGUGUUUUGACGAAGAAUCCAAGAGACCCACCUCGUACUUCAAUGGUUCUUCAAUGUUGCUCUACCGUCUAGGACUAAAGCUCCUGCCUUUCGUUUCUUGUUUUGUUUUUAGUUUCCUUUUCUCGUCAUUUUUAGUUCACUGAUCGCUCUCGAGUCGCUUCGCCAAUCUGAGAAGACGCGGUUCGCGGCAAAGGAAUUUGUUGUUCAUCAUAAUGGAUGGGGAAUCAUCUUGGGUUAUUCAAUGCCUUAAUGGCACAGCAAGAGAUAAGGUUGUGUGUGAUUCAUUCUCGAAACUCAACAAUGAAGACAGUAAAGAAGUUGUCCAAGUUCCUGUAAAUUUAUUGCCAGAUGAAUUGUUGGAACGCAUUCUGGCCUGCUUGCCCAUCGCCAGCAUUUUCAGGUCGGGUUGUGUCUGUAAACGAUGGAAUGAGAUUGUGAGUUCAUUACGGUUUUUGCAAAGUUCCUCACAGUUCCCCUCAGGAAAACCAUGGUACUUCAUGUUCACGAGCUCAGAUGAGCCAGUUGGUUAUGCCUAUGAUCCAAUCCUUAGGAAAUGGCAUAGUAUUCAACUCCCUUGUAUUGAGGCAUCGAAUUGGUUCAUUGCUUCAUCUUGCGGGUUGGUUUGCUUCAUGGACAGUGACAGCAGAAGCCAGCUAUAUGUCUGCAAUCCUAUAACCAAAAGCCAUAAGAGAAUCGAGGAGCCUCAAGAUCUUAAGUAUUCCGACUAUAGUGCAUUGGGGAUCUCAGUAGAGAGGAGACUUUGCAGUGUAAAUCUCAAUUACUGUGUCUCGGUUGUCAAAUCGAAACAAGUUCCGGGAAACUUCUUUCAGUGGGAUGUCUCGAUCCACAUAUACGACUCUGAAACAAUGAUAUGGGAGACUCCUACUUCCGAGACCUUAAGUGGAUGGAGAGCUGGGAAUGAUAGUGUGAUAUGUGAUGGCGUUUUGUACUUCUUGGUCCACUCUACUGGUGGCGAUCGCCCUGAUUAUCGCCAUGGGCUAAUCACUUAUAGUCUCUCGAGCAGGCCGACCCAUGGUUCCUUGAUGAGGAGUUUCAUCCCCGUGCCAGGCUCCCUCACCUGUGGCCGUCUGAUGAACCACAAGGAAAGCCUGAUAAUGGUGGGAGGGAUUGCCAAACGAGACCGGCCCGACAUUAUAAAAGGUAUUGGGAUAUGGGCGCUUAAAGGGAGGGAAUGGCAAGAGAUUGCCCGUAUGCCCCAUAAGUUCUUCCAAGGCUUUGGGGAGCUCGAUGAUGUCUUUGCUAGCAGCGGGACAGACAACCUAGUAUACAUCCAGAGCUAUGGAGCUCCCGCUCUCCUCAUUUUUGACGUGGAGCAGAGACAAUGGAGGUGGUCGAACAAAUGCCCCGUGACAAAGAGGUUUCCUCUUCAGCUCUUCACCGGCUUCUGCUUUGAACCCAGGCUUGAAAUCACUCCCUAACAUUCUUCAUGCACUCAUUCCUUUUCUUUACCUUUUGUCGUUUGCUUUUUUCGUCUCCUGCACUUAUGAUGCAACGUUUUCCAUAUAGCCUUUCUGGUGCGGUUUACUUUUGUUGUGUGACACAACAUUUUUCACAUAGUCUUUCUAGUGCAGUUUACUUCUGCUGUGUGACUUGUGAGUUAUUAUACCAGAGCGGAGUUGUGAAUGUUCUGUAUGUUGUUUUGUCGGCCUGUCGGGGAAGGUUGGAAAAUAACGUGUGAACAAGGUGAUGUCUUUGCCUUGUUUAUGCCAUUUUUUUAA